UUAUCUACCACUUGGGACCAGGUUUAUGUUGGGUGCUUCUCCUGCUCUCUUAUAAAAGCUCCAAACCCAUCAUAUAUAUUUCUAAGGCACAACUAGCAGCCUGCCAUCAUCCUUCAUCCAAUUUCGUUGGAAGCUUCUCUUCCAAAGUGGGAGAAAAGAUGGACUAUGUGUAUGGACCGGGAAAGAACCAUCUCUUUGUUCCGGGGCCGGUUAACAUCCCAGAACCGGUUAUUCGGGCCAUGAACAGGAACAAUGAGGAUUACCGUUCCCCUGCCAUUCCUGCAAUGACAAGAACUCUUCUUGAAGAUGUCAAGAAGAUUUUCAAGACUACCACCGGCACUCCCUUUUUGAUCCCAACUACAGGAACUGGUGCAUGGGAGAGUGCACUUACUAAUACCCUGUCCCCUGGAGAUCGAAUUGUAUCUUUCCUUAUUGGACAAUUCAGUCUGCUGUGGAUUGAUCAACAACAACGCCUCAAGUUCAUCGUCGAUGUAGUUGAAAGCGAGUGGGGUCAAGGUGCGAACCUUGACAUUCUGGCGGAAAAACUUGCAGCUGAUCACGCCCACACAAUCAAGGCCAUUUGCAUUGUUCACAAUGAGACUGCAACUGGAGUCACCAACAACCUGGCUACAGUGAGAAAACUACUUGAUCACUACAGGCACCCAGCACUACUACUUGUUGAUGGAGUUUCCUCGAUUUGUGCCCUUGAUUUUCGUAUGGACGAAUGGGGAGUCGAUGUGGCACUAACUGGCUCUCAGAAGGCACUUUCUCUUCCAACAGGAAUCGGUAUUGUUUGUGCAAGCCCCAAAGCCCUGGAGGCGUCCAAACGUGCAAAAUCGGUUAGAGUUUUCUUCGACUGGAACGACUACCUGAAGUUCUACAAAAUGGGAACAUAUUGGCCAUACACCCCUUCAAUCCAACUACUCUAUGGGCUAAGAACCGCUCUGGAUCUUAUCUUUGAGGAAGGACUCGACAAUGUGAUUGCAAGACAUAGCCGUUUGGGAACAGCAACAAGGCUGGCUGUGGAGGCCUGGGGCUUGAAGAACUGCACACAAAAAGAGGAAUGGCACAGCGACACCGUGACGGCUGUCCUUGUUCCCCCGUAUAUCGAUAGUGCAGAAAUUGUUAAAAGAGCAUGGAAGAGAUACAAUUUGAGCUUAGGUCUCGGCCUCAACAAAGUGGCAGGAAAAGUAUUCAGAAUAGGACAUCUUGGAAACCUAAAUGAGUUGCAACUGUUGGGUUGCCUAGCUGGUGUGGAGAUGAUACUCAAAGAUGUCGGAUAUCCGGUUAAACUCGGCAGCGGAGUUGCUGCGGCCUGUGCAUACCUGCAGAACAACAUCCCUAUGAUCCCUUCCCGGGUUUAAUGAAUGUGUUAUGCAUGUAAUUACCUCUCUUCUAUCUCUUGUUUUAAGGUACUCUGUAAAAAGAUGCCUCCCCUCUGUUGAAGCUUUUCAAAUCCAGUACUUCUAGACAUGUUCACUUAUUGUAGUAUGCUCCGUUUCAUACAUGUUCAUUUUCUGGUCA